ACAGCUGUUUCCCGCCAAUUAAUACUCAUUCUACUGAAGCCACGACGACCCGGUAGUAAACCUUGCAAAUACAACUUUAAUAUUUCCUUGGAUUUAACUGUUGUAAAGUUUGUGAUUUCAAGGGAGUUAUGAUGUCGAAUGUGUACAGGAGUAGUGACAGAAGAAAAUUGUACUCCGAGUACGAAUUGCAAAGAGAGGAUUUAACAGCUGUUCUGGGAAGAUCACAGUCUAUACCUGGGAAACCUCAUAUGGAACAUGAGAAAAAGAUGAGGAGAGAGAUUGCUAACAGCAACGAGAGAAGAAGAAUGCAAAGCAUUAAUGCUGGUUUUCAGAGUUUAAAAUCCUUGAUUCCACACAGUGAUGGAGAGAAAUUGAGCAAGGCUGCCAUUCUGCAGCAGACCUCUGAUUACAUUGAGCAGUUGGAAAGUGACAAGACCAGACUUUUAGCCAUCAACAACCAACUGAGCACUCAACUAAAGCGGUUAUUGGGGAGCGAUUAUGAGAAACAAGUAUCCAUCAACAACUAUAACCCAUCUCCACCAACGAAACGGAAGAAGCGAGAUACAGAAUCGUCAGAUGAGGGAAUAUCAGCAGACUAUGAAGACAUCAAUGAAAUCAAGCGGGAGAUGAUAGACUUGCGAUGCCAGUUAGACCGAGAAAGACAUCUGCGAAUGAUGCUGCAAAAACAAAAUCAAUCGUAUCAUUUGAAGCAAGAGCAUCCAACAUUUGUUGAACAUAUGCAAGAGAAGAGACCUAAAGAUAAAGUUAUUUAUGUUGAAUCUGUUGAAUCGGAGGAAGAUGAGAAGUUGCAUGAGAGAAAUUCUUCGGACUCUGAAUCUAUGUCACGGAGGAACUUGGAAACAAUAGUGGAGGCCAUCCGACACCUAGAAGGAGAUCGUUUAGGGAUAAAUGAUAGGACAACUCACCAUCGGGGCAUUCCUCAUAGUGAUGAGAGUGAAAAAGACAGCAGUGUCACUUGCAGUGAGCCUGAAGACCGUGACUCUCCUAUUCCAUUUGAGAAAAUAGACUCAAGACAAUCAGUUUCUGUCACAGAAGUUCCAUUGACUGAAAUUCACCCCCAUCUUUCUCCAUCACAGUAUCACGAGAAAUUCCCCAUUGCCACCAAUUUAUUACAUCGACCCAAUAUGGUUCAUUACUACUGUCGACCAAACGUUAUAGUUCAGAAGUCAUAAGACCAAUCAUAUGGGUCUCAUCCUUCAUCCUGCCACUUUGUAUAUAGAGACAUCAUAGUUUCAUUAUAUCAUGGAAAAGAAACUGCCCUUUUAAAAUUUCAUGAUUUUUUUUUAUUUUGCAACUAGUUAUUUGAUUUAUUUAAAGAAGUGCUUCUCACCCAAGGAAAUGCUCAAUUUUGUUAUAAAUGUAUAUACAAUGUGCUGUCUUCUGACCUAUGCUUUUAACAGACCAUGAAACAUGCAAGUGCAUUGUUAUAAAGGUUUCAUCUUUUCCAUUGAGUAUUAAAAAUUGUCAGAUUUCUUUUUUCCAUUAAUAUACAGGGAGGCAUUUUUCCCCAUUUUGACUUGUAAUUUAUUACCAUGUACAUUUGUAAAUAGAUCAUGUCAUUGUAUCAAAUUUUGUUAUUGCAGUUGUUAAGUUUGAUCUUUUUGUAUGAAUGAGUUGCCUGUACAAGCUUUAAAUGCUGCUCUAAUGAUUUCUGUCUUUAAUAUCAAAAUUGAUUAUUGAAAAAAAGAACAUAUUUUGGAAAACAUAACCAAUAGGUCUUGUUUAAUUUCUUUGCCCACAUAUUCCUGUUAUAUUCCUGUUGCUUUUUUGUGUAGGUGCUUAUUGUGACAGAAUAUAACUAUCUAGUGGAAUCAUUCAUCAAGUGUGACCUUCUCAGUUACACAGCAUUAUAAUACAUGUUUGGUAAAUGUUGCAGGAGCUGUCUAGUGUGUGUUAUUGAAUGAUUAUUGUGAAUUUGUUUUGACAUGGAUCAUCUUUUUUUUUAAUCAAGAUGACCAUCAAAAUGCACAUAGCAAUGCAUAUGUCACCUCAGUUCCUCAUUAUAGAAUUGUAGAAAAAUUCCUAUCUGGAGGGAUGCGAGGUGACUUGUGGCAGUUUUUGUGUUUGUUGAUAUUUAAAGUGUUUUCUGCUAAACCAUGCUUUCUGUCCAUCUUUUAACAUGAUGAAAUUUCUUUUUCUCUUCCUGUGAAAAUUGUAUAUGUUACAAGAAACCGGUAAUAUGGAAGUUUAAGCUGCAUUUUUUGGGACUCAAGUUUAUGCCACUAUGUGCAUUUUAUUUUUUUUCUCACCACUUCAUACUGUAUAUAUACCACAAUUAUUUAUUGUACAAUAUACAACUCUGAAAAUAGGUUUCAAGAUGUAAUUUACCCUCAGAAGUAGAAUAUUACCAACAAAAAAAAAUUAUGAUUUAAUUUUUAAAAAAAAUGGUUGUUUAGUUUUGAAAUGUGAAAUCAGAUAUUUUAAAACUAAUAUGCAUUAAAUAGUGCUAUGAAAGAUACCGUUAUCAAAUUGUUGCUGUUUUUUUUUUUCUUUUUUUGAUUUUUUUUUUUUUUUUUUUUUUGUAAGGGAUGCUUAUAAUUUUAUACAUUUUUUGUGUAUUUAUGUUAGACUGAUUUGAAUAUUUGUUGUUUCCUCUGGAACUUGAAAGUCUGAAAUUAUAAUAAAUUGUGGU